UUUUCCUCGGUUACUAACAUUUUCUACGAUCGCAUACUCUUCGACUAAACAGCAAUAUAGCAAGGAUGAGCGCCCCCGUUCUCCCCUGGCACGCAAUCUACCCCGCACCGCGCAGCACAGCCGUCGGCAUCUGUCGCGAAGAAGUCUUGCAAUGGUUCCGCGCAGGCAGGCAAGCCGGACGCGAUUUUGUAUUAGUCGAUCUACGCCGAACGGAUUUUGAGGGCGGGACCAUCCGAGGAUCAAUCAACCUUCCAGCUCAGAGUCUCUACCCGACGAUCCCAACAGUCUACACCCUGCUCAACCAGAGCCCCAUCAAGGAGGUUGUUUGGUAUUGCGGCUCGUCGAAAGGACGGGGCACGCGAACCGCCAGUUGGUUCGCUGACUACUUAGAGCAGCAAGGAGAAACCCGGCUGAGGAGUCUCGUUCUAGAAGGGGGAAUUAAGGGCUGGGCUGCGGCCGGGGAAGAAUACACAGAUCUGAUGGACGAAUACGAUGCUUCUGUCUGGGCUAAAUAA